GGGGCGCCCGUUUGGUCAGCGUCGUCGUCUGCCCCCUCCCCAGCCCCAGCCCCUGGGGACCCAGGCUCGCCAGCGCGCAGCCAGGGGAGCCGGCCGGGAAGCGCGAUGGGGGCCCCUUCCGCCCUGCCCCUGCUCCUGCUGUUCGCCUGCUGCUGGGCGCCCGGCGGGGCCAACCUCUCCCAGGACGGCUACUGGCAGGAGCAGGAUUUGGAGCUGGGAACUCUGGCUCCACUGGACGAGGCCAUCAGCUCCACAGUCUGGAGCAGCCCUGACAUGCUGGCCAGUCAAGACAGCCAGCCCUGGACUUCAGAUGAAACAGUGGUGGCUGGCGGCACCGUGGUGCUCAAGUGCCAAGUGAAGGACCAUGAGGACUCAUCCCUGCAGUGGUCCAACCCUGCCCAGCAGACUCUCUACUUUGGGGAGAAGAGAGCCCUUCGAGAUAAUCGGAUUCAGCUGGUGAGCUCCACGCCCCAUGAGCUCAGCAUCAGCAUCAGCAACGUGGCCCUGGCCGACGAGGGCGAGUACACCUGCUCCAUCUUCACUAUGCCUGUGCGAACCGCCAAGUCCCUCGUCACUGUGCUCGGCAUCCCACAGAAGCCCAUAAUCACUGGUUACAAGUCAUCACUACGGGAAAAGGAGACAGCCACCCUGCACUGUCAGUCUUCUGGAAGCAAACCUGCGGCCCAGCUCACCUGGAGGAAGGGUGAUCAAGAGCUUCGUGGAGAACCAACUCGAAUACAGGAAGAUCCCAAUGGGAAAACCUUCACCGUGAGCAGCUCAGUGACGUUCCAGGUUACCCGGGAGGAUGAUGGAGCAAACAUCGUGUGCUCUGUGAACCAUGAAUCUCUGAAGGGAGCUGACAGAUCCACCUCUCAACGCAUUGAAGUCUUAUACACACCGACUGUGAUGAUUAGACCAGACCCUCCACAUCCCCGUGAAGGCCAGAAACUUUUGCUACACUGUGAGGGACGUGGCAAUCCGGUCCCCCAGCAGUACCUAUGGGAGAAGGAGGGCAGUGUGCCACCCCUGAAGAUGACCCAGGAGAGCGCACUCAUCUUCCCCUUCCUCAAUAAAAGCGACAGUGGCACCUACGGCUGCACAGCCACCAGCAAUAUGGGCAGCUACAAGGCCUACUUCACUCUCAAUGUUAAUGACCCCAGCCCAGUGCCCUCAUCCUCCAGCACCUACCAUGCCAUCAUCGGAGGGAUUGUGGCAUUCAUCGUCUUCCUGCUGCUCAUCCUGCUCAUUUUCCUGGGCCACUACUUGAUCCGGCAUAAAGGAACCUACCUGACGCAUGAGGCCAAGGGCUCCGAUGACGCCCCAGACGCAGACACGGCCAUCAUCAACGCAGAAGGCGGGCAGUCAGGAGGGGAAGACAAGAAGGAGUAUUUCAUCUAGGGGCGCCUGCCCACCUCCUGCGCCCCCAGGGGCCCCAUGGGGACUGCUGGGCCGUCACCAACCUGGACUUGUACAGAGUGACCCCAGGGCCGCCCCUCCCGCUUGCUCCCCAGCCCACCCCCCCACCCCCCCUGUACAGAAU